AUGGCCACGACAGACAAUAAAUUGUCAACGACGGAGAGAAUUGUCAAAAGUGUUCCAUUCCCACCAAGUCAUAAAGUGACUAUGAGUGAAGCAUUUGAUGCGAACAGGAAACCAAGAGCUGACAUUUUGAAGCAACAUUUUAUUUUGGAAGGAAGGGUCACAGAAGAUGUUGCUCUCCGCAUUAUCAGUGAAGGUGCGGCACUUUUGCGCCAGGAGAAAACUCUGAUUGACGUUGAGGCACCUGUUACUGUUUGUGGCGAUAUCCAUGGACAGUUUUUUGAUUUGAUGAAGUUGUUUGAAGUUGGUGGUCCUCCAGGAACCACACGAUACCUGUUUCUGGGAGAUUACGUAGACAGAGGUUAUUUUAGCAUAGAGUGUGUUCUUUACUUGUGGACUUUAAAAAUAUUGCAUCCGGCGACAUUCUUCCUGUUACGUGGCAAUCAUGAGUGUAGACACCUUACAGAGUAUUUCACAUUUAAACAAGAGUGUAAAAUUAAAUACUCGGACAGAGUAUAUGAUGCUUGCAUGGAAGCCUUUGACUGUCUGCCUCUUGCAGCAUUAAUGAACCAACAGUUUCUUUGUGUUCAUGGAGGACUUUCACCAGAAAUUCACACUUUAGAUGAUAUCAGAAAGCUGGACAGAUUCAAAGAACCACCAGCAUUUGGUCCAAUGUGUGAUUUGUUAUGGUCUGAUCCGCUGGAAGACUUUGGAAAUGAGAAGUCGUCAGAACACUUCACCCACAAUACUGUCAGAGGUUGCUCAUAUUUCUAUAGCUAUGCAGCAUGUUGUGAUUUCUUACAGCAAAACAACUUACUGUCUCUCAUACGAGCACACGAAGCUCAAGAUGCAGGGUAUAGGAUGUACAGAAAAAGCCAAACUACCGGUUUCCCAUCAUUGAUAACAAUAUUCUCAGCUCCAAACUAUCUAGAUGUGUACAAUAACAAAGCUGCUAUUCUGAAGUAUGAAAACAACGUGAUGAACAUUCGACAGUUCAACUUUUCUCCACAUCCAUACUGGCUGCCAAAUUUCAUGGACGUGUUUACAUGGUCCUUGCCAUUUGUUGGAGAAAAAGUCACAGAAAUGCUGGUCAAUUUACUCAGCAUUUGCUCUGAUGAUGAGCUGAUUACUGAAGAAGAGGAAGCUGAUUCUGCAGAAGUUGCUGCCAGAAAAGAUGUUAUUCGUAACAAGAUCCGAGCCAUUGGAAAGAUGGCCAGAGUUUUUACAGUACUGCGAGAGGAGAGUGAAAGUGUGCUGCAGUUGAAGGGUCUUACACCAAAUGGGUUGCUUCCCCUUGGAGCUUUGUCCGGUGGAAAGGACACUCUUAGCAGUGCUUUGAGUGGAUUCUCGCCCAAUCACAAGAUCAGUGGGUUCGAGGAAGCUAAAUGCCUGGAUAAGAUGAAUGAAAGAAUGCCACCCAGAAAGGAUGCCAAAAAUUCAAACACGAAGCCACUCUCAAAGUCUUAA